CAAUGGAAAGUAAAAGUACUACUAGUGACACAUGCUCUGUUCCACUUUCUCAUAACUCUUCAACUUCAUCUAACUCUAACUCUCCUCCACAAGCUGUUGUUGUUUUGAGCCCUUGUGCUGCUUGCAAGAUUUUGAGGAGAAGAUGUUCUGCUGAUAAAUGUGUUUUGGCUCCUUAUUUUCCUCCUACUGAUCCUGCCAAGUUUACCAUUGCUCAUAGAGUCUUUGGUGCUAGCAAUAUCAUCAAAUUCUUACAGGAACUGCCUGAGGCUCGAAGAGCGGAUGCAGUAACGAGCAUGGUUUAUGAGGCGAGUGCGAGAAUUAGAGAUCCUGUUUAUGGUUGUGCCGGAGCAAUUUGUCAGCUACAAAAGCAGGUGAAUGAGCUUCAAGCACAAUUGGCGAAAUCGCAAGCGGAGGUUGUAAACAUGCAACUCCAACAAGCGAAUCUUGUGGCUUUAUUUUGCAUGUCACAAAGUGAACAAGAGUCACCACAGCAAUCUAUGGAUGAGUUCAUUCAAAGUCCUAUGCAGAGUGGUGGCUAUGGAAUUGGUUUGAACUUUCUUGAGGAGAAUAAUAGUCUAAAUUCAUUGUGGGAGCCACUUUGGACAUGAAGGACUAGAACAAUAUUAAAUAUAGCGUUACAAAUAGAAUUUUAAUCGCAAUCCCAAAAUUAUAUGUAGUCAACCACAUCGAUGUUAUCUGGUUUAGACCAAACUAUUCCGAUUUUACAAUGCAUUAAAAUCUGAAUUGCUUGAUCUUAAUCAAACGACAAUCGAUCUGGUUGAUUGGUGCAUUGAUAACGAUUCAAAUUUCAUUAUCAUCUCCUAAGGAGAAAUGGAAGAAAUCAAACAAUUUUAUAAGUAAUAAAAGUAAGCAAGCAUAGCUAGAAUUAAUUUCUUGAUGGUUAAUUUUCUGCAUGAGGAAAACCUGGAUGUAGUACUAAACAAAAUGUUGAAUUGGCCACAUUAAUUAGACAUGAAAAGAAAAUGAAAUUGAUCUUUAAAUUUUUGUGUCUUUAUCAUUUGAACAUGAAAUUAAAGUCAAAUUUCAUCGUUUUGUA